AUGGAAUUUAAGUAUUUAAGCUGGGUCGCCUUGAGCGUUGCGGUCUCGAUCAAUCUGUUCGGAGUUUUCUGGGUCACAACAAUUGCUAUCGGUUUGAUUGCCUUUCUGCUCGGCUUCCUGACCAUAUUGUAUUUACAGCACAGUGAUCUAGACAAAUUCCUCGACAGCGGACUGCUGGAGAAUCCACUGGAUGAACCGAAAACGUUGGGACUCAGCAUUGUUUGCGAUCCUAAGCCCGGUAAUAUGCUGCUCAUUUCACCCAACAUCAAAGUUCAAACCGAGUCGACACGGGCUUCUCGUCACCCGUCUACUGCGGCCACCGAUGGCAGUGGAGUUCACGGUGGUGGUCGGCGUCGCAAUUUCCUCGAUGCCGGAAUCGAGUUACUGUUUAAAAAGCGUGAACCGCGACACUGCGAGCUACCGUCAGCGGCGAAGCCAAGCGCAAUAACCGAUCACCUUAUGCACCGUGGCCAUUUGCACUUCCACCAACGGGACCACCAUACCAUUUUAGAUAGUAGUCCCGAGAGCCAGGCCCCAAGCAUCCGACAACCAACGCCGUUCGGCGGUGCUGCAGCGCCCGAGGAGCGAAGUCGCUGGAGACCCUUCGAUAGUAUCAAGAUUCACACAGACAAGCGCGCCGGAGGUGCGGGGGCAUCAUCGGUCGGGGCAACAGAGCAAACGGAACAAGGGGGACGCCAGCGGAGGAAAGAUGUUGGGCACGUAUCUCUCGGUGAAGAAGUGUCGGUCUCGGCGACACACCUUUCGUCCUUCAAAUCGUACAUCAAUCAUCCACAGGAAGUACUGCUUGGCCACGAAACACCCCCCGGGUCGCCGAGGAAGAAGAAAAUCCUGAGCGGCAACAAACCGGUCGACAAGCUGAUCCAUACCAUUAUCCAUUAUGUGGUGCGAGACUUUAUCGACUCCUGGUACACGAUGGUAUCGGAUAGUCGUGAGUUUUCCGAGUGCCACAUUCGUAACAGCAUCGAAACGCUCGUGCUCCGGAUUUGUCAACGCAUCCGAUCUGCUGAUCUGCUACCGCUCAUGACUACACGCUUGAUCGAUGAUCUCGCCAAGCAUACGCGCUUCUACCGUCUCGCGACGCAAGAGGUAACCAACAGUGCGAGCAAACUAUCGGUCACAGAGCAGAAGCGCAUCAAAAUCCACGAGAAACUGUCACCGCAGAAGCGUAACGUGAAGAUGGAAGGUCAUCGGCGUAACAAGAGCGAAACCGAUCUCACCUGGCAGUUGGGUAAUGCGGCAUUGCAGAAGAACGUCGCCAACUCACGCUUCUAUGGUGCCCAGGCGGACGAACAGUCGCUUAUAGACCCGGAAACGAUGCUCCUGAAUUCAUUCUUUGGCUUCAGCGAGGACUACCGGAGCGAAUGUAUGGAUGAGGCCGCACUCAAUGAAUACCUAAAACGCGUUGCCGAGACGAUACUGUACUUUUUGCUACCCGAAGAGGAUUUCAACUGCCUCGCAUUGCGUACGCUUCUUUGCGCGCUAUUAUCAAACAGUCUGUUGAAACCCCUGUUCGCUACAUUGGCCGAUCCGGAUUUUAUUAAUCUGCAAAUUGCGAAACAGUUCACGAAAGAUCCCCCGGCCGGAGAGUUUCUGUUGAAGAUGAUCCGCCAAUCGAGUGAUCUGUCCGAGUUGCGUGCCUGCCGCCAGCUAAUCACCAAAGAGAUGGACGCAAAGUACAAGGACAGCAACUGCACGGCCGAGCUGGGCAGUCUUAAGUACACCCAAAAGUUGAUCGACCUGCGCAUUAGCCAUUUGCAGAACAACAAAAAUGAUUUUGGCAAGAGCGAGCGUGAACGGGUGUCCUCCAAUCUGCCACAACUCAGCCUCGACGAUAUCCUGCGUAAGGAGCUAGCCGUGUCCUACUAUCUGGACUAUCUUAGCGUUCUCAACUUGCAAAAAUAUGUGAUAUUCUACCUCACCGCUCAGGAAUGGAAACUCACGACUAGCCAAAGCUUUUCCGAGAUACAGGUGAACAAAACGAAACUAAGUCGUGACGAGGUGCUGCGAAGCAUUCGCGAAAAGGCCAACAAUCUCUAUCGAGAGUACCUCCACCAGAAAUCUUCCAACUACCUGAACAUCGAUCCGGGGUUAAUCGAGGCACUAAACAUUCGACUGAAGGAUCACACGAUACAACCAGAAAACACUUGGUUUGACUCCAUCUGCAAGUACAUCUACGAGAAGCAAAAGAACGAGGAGGUGUUUUUAAACAACUUCUACCAAAGCUCGGCCUACAAGCAGCUUUUGCGUGAGCUCGACUUUCAUCAUGCGCCCGAUAUGACCGAUAUGUCGUCUCUCGAUCACCUCACCGUACAGGGACUGUUGGGUGAUGGUUCGAGCGACACGAACAGCGGUGAUAUCCGCUUUGAUGAGACGGAUGACGACGACGAUGAGCCUGUGCCCCAAAUGGUUGAGGCGGAGAGAGCCAGGGAAGAACGUGAUAGGCACGAUGAGGGGCAGAUGGACGCCAAGAAACAGAAAGCGACGGGUAACGCGAACCUUCUGCCGACCGUUGGUAACGUGGCGAAGCAUGCGCGAUCUCAUAGUGACUGCACCGGAAUGUUUGCCGCCAUUAACGAUCUCAACAUCGAACAGCUACGCCAAUCGUCCGACUGUUCGAGCAACGACUCCGGCUCCGAGGCCACGACGACGUAUCAUUCUUUGCGAAAACCGAUCCCGAGCCCCGUUGCAUUCCAAACAUCCACCGUUGGAGAACGAAACUCUGUGGAAAACGCUGAGCCGUUGCAUCAGCAACACCACCAUCACCAACAGCAGCAGCAGCAGCACCAUUAUAGGCACAAGCUGUCCGCCCGAAUCAUCAACACGGCGAUCCACUGCGAAGGCCACUACGCAGUGUAUGCUAUCCAGGUGCACGUAAUUGAGGAAAAUCACCACAAGGCGUGGCACAUCUAUCGGCGCUACUCGAAAUUCUUGGAGCUCAAAAAACUACUCGUGAAGCGGUUUCCAUCACUCGAACGAGUUCCCUUUCCCGGCAAGAAAGCAUUUCAGAACACUCAAAGGGCCGUACUGGAGCAUCGGAUGGAGGUGCUAAAUCGCUUCCUGGGUGAGAUCUGUGCGCGGGCCGAGCUGGCCGAGGAAAUGAUGACUAUCAUAAGGAACUUUCUCGAACCGGACACUGACGAUCGCAAGAUGCACGGUGGAACGGUGGUGAAGACGAUUGAAAGCCUCAAAUCGGGCAUGAGCAAGAUUCGGAACAUGCCCGACACACUCGUUGGCGGCAUUUCGCGCAUGUUUCUCGGCAAGGGACCACUGAAAGAACGCACAUUUUACGACAUUCAAGACAUUCCGACACUGGAGCUUCAGCAAACAGAGUACCCGGCCCUGGCCUCCGCCUUGCACUUGCUGGAUGAGGUGUUCGAUUUGCAGAACAAAUCGCAAUGGCUGCGCCGUGGCCUUAUCAACCGGUUGCUUGGUGCGCCGUGGGUAAGCCAUGCGACGAACAAACGCAUAGUCCAGACGGCUGGCAGCCUGCUGGCCAUGGACAAGCUGGAAGCCAUUCUUUCAUCUAUAAUUAACAACAUGUGGCCGGAAGGGGAUCGCUUCAAUCCAAGCGCGACGCUACGAGAGGACAGCACUCGGCUGCGGACGAAAUUGGCAGCAAAAAUUUCCCUAUUUGCACUACUUUCGGACGAUCUAAAGCAUGUGGUCGGUUCGGUCACGUGCAACAGUGGAUUGCUGCAGUUCUUUCAAAUGCUACAAAACCGAAAGCUAAACACCCGGCUUCUGCUGAUUCUCUUCAAUCAGCUACUGCUGGUGAUCUUUCAGACAGAAAAUUUCACCAAACAUGCCAUCGCUUCUUCGUGUCCAACGAGUGUGGCAACUGCUAAUACUGACAAUGCACCACCGAUGUCGAUUCGGUUUGGUUCAUCAGCGGGAAGUUCUACUACCGUGACUGGAACAGGCGCCCGCAAAACUGGCAAAUACUAAGAUGUAUCUUGAACGCAGAGACGAAAUCUAGUAAAUCGUACAUUCCACGUGAAAACGUUUGCAAACAACUCAAAAGCGACCAAUGGCUAGUUUUGAUCGCUAGGCUAUUGUAUUCGCAACGAACAGUAUAAUGCUUUAAUCGUACCGAACCCUUUUCAGUUUAAAACAGUUUUAAGAUGUUGGCAUAUUGGCUAGCAAGAUUGGUUUUAAUUGCAGAGAACUAGAUUUUUUUAGGGAUUGUUUAGGGAACUUGUUUAUUUUUGUAGGUUUUUGCAAUUAUUUUACCUGUAGCAUCUCUAGCAGCGGGUGGUGCUAUUUAGUCGUGAUUCUGAUAAGUGAGCCACUAGCUACCACUUUGAAAGGCUAUUUUAAUUUUAGCUACCUUUAUUUUAACAAAUCGUAGUCAAUAGAGGCAACAUAUUACAUUAGGUGCGAGCACGUAGGAGUUUUGUUUUUAUCACGAAAUGUUUUAUCAGUCCCGUUCCAUCCAUUGUAAU